UUUAUUUGCCUGAGGUGGUUGCUACUUCCAAGGCUUUGAAGUCCACCCUCCUCCUCCCCUCUUCACCCUCCGAGCCAAAAGAUGCUCUCGAAAAGCUCGGAUCUUCCCCAAAAGUCCCUCCAAAUAAGGCAGGAUGACAAGUUCUACAGCAGGCUCCUCUCCAAGGAGAGCUCUCCGGCCAACUCUUCCUUCAGAGUCUACUACGGGGUGGCCUCUGGGUCUGUGCCUUUCUUGUGGGAGUCCCAGCCUGGGACGCCAAAGAGCACCAUCCCCACCACCACCCUCCCUCCUCUCACCCCUCCACCCUCCUACUACUCGAGCCCGACGAGCACCAUCUCCAAGAAGUCCUCCAAGUCCAAACUCAUCCAUACCAUCCUCCCCAAGCUUACUACUCUGAGGAAGGACCAUGCACCGCCUUCACCCUCCGUCUCGCUCUCAUCCUCGCCGGCGUCAUCCUCCUCCUCCUCCUUGUUCUCUCCACUUGGCUCCACGGGCACUCACCAGCGCCGGCGGUCAUCAAGCUCGAGGCUGUCGUUCUCCUCCCCGGGCGAGGACGAGGAAUCCGACGACGGGUCCCCAACUUCCACUCUGUGCUUCAGGGUGCGGCGAGGGGCUACCGGCAGGCUCAGGGGGUGCCACUCGUUCGUUAACAUAAAGAACACAUUGUUGUCGAUCGUUGAUCAUGGAUCCAACCAAGGUAAUGCUUCCUAAAAGGCUUAACUCAAUGCUAUCUACUGUUUAGCGUUCACCACCUGCCAAAGAACAGAGGCAACACUGAGAAUGUUACAGCUAGAUAUCAAGUCCUGUCUAUGUUGAGAAUAACGUGGGGUAAAGUUUGUAUCAGCAUAGCUCGUGCUCUCCCUUGCUCAAUUUCUACACUACCGCCCAUCAUUUUCUUCUUCCUCUUUACUGUUUUCCUUCUGAUAAUUUUUGUGAUGUAUAAGUAGACAUGGUGAAAAAAUAGAGUUGCGUUUGAUGGAUGGAUGUGUGAAGUAGCAGCUUUUGUAUCGGCUCUUCUGUGUUAACUUUGCUUAGAUGACCUGGUGCAAAUGCAAUGAGAAAUUAGCUUUACCU